AUGUAUUUGAGGGCUGUGGACCCUGUGCAGAGGUGGACACACGCAGCUGACAUUGUUUCCUUGGUGGGACUCUUUAAGAUCUGGAGUGUCUUCUGUCUCCCGUGCACAGUGGCAACUCUUAAAGAAAAACUGACUGCACCAGUUGCAGAAGAGACCGUGGUCACAAACAAUGAGAUCACUGGUGGUGUUGGACGAGUUGGGAUGGUGUGUGCCAUCGGCAUUCUGGCAAAGUCUCUGGCUGAUGAGCUUGCUCUUGUGGAUGGACUGGAAGAUAAACUCGAAGGAUAAAUGGUGGACCUGCAGCAUGGGAGCUUGUUUCUUCAUAUACCAAAAAUUAGGGCAGAUAACAAUUACUCUGUGAACACUGCUGUGGUGGUAACUGCAGGAGGUCACCAGCAACGGGGAGAGAGUUGUCUCAUCCUGGUGCCGAGAAAUGUCAAAGUGUUCAAACUCAUUAUUCCUCAGAUCACUGAGUACAGCUCUGACUGUAUCAUAAUUGUGGUUUCUAAUUUAGUGGGUGUUCUCACCUAUGUUACCUGGAAACUAAGUGGAUUACCUAAGCACUGUGUGAUUGGAAGUGGAUGUAAUCUGGAUUCUGCUAAAUUUUGCUACCUUAUGGAUGAAAAACUUGGCAUUCAUCCAAGCAGCUGCCAUGGGUCGAUUUUGGGAGAACACAGAAAUCAAGUGGAUGUGGUUGACUUAAGUAGUCAGCUUCAGUAUGUUUACGGUUAUGAACUUAUAAAUCAGAAUUAUAGUUUAUACCUCAGACUCUUCUACAUGAGAUCUGGUUACUGUGAAAUAGGCCCUCGGAUCAUUAUCUCUGUAAGCCCUGAUAAUUUUGAUAAAUAUAAUUUUUCUACACCCACAAAACUGAGACAGGUUACAGCCCUAACCCUGAGCGAGCCCUUUAAAGCAGCGCCAACCUGUGAAACUUUCUACGACUGA